CCUUAAUUUUUAAUUGUAAAUGAAAAUAAGUUUUUUAAAAUAAACAUGAAUUAAUAAUUAAUUAAUUAUCUAAGAAAUCAUGAAAGGUCUUGCUUACAAACAAUCUUCCGACUCAAUUGCUCAAACAUUUUGCAACGAAAGUAAUUCCAGAGAAAAUGUAAUAAGGAGUGAGGAAAAUACAUUAAAUUGUUCAAAGGGGGCCACUUCACACAAGAAUAAAGAACCAAAGGAAGUUGUUUCACCCAUUGAAACAGAUGAUGAAGAUGCUAAGAGCAAGGGGUCAAAUGUAGUUAAUGUUUUUCAAUUUAUGAUGGAUAACAGACAUAAAGUCAUUGGUAGGAAUUCUCCUGGAAAAGAAGCUGUAGACAAUAACGAGGAAGAUGUAGAGCAAAAUAAAAAGAAGUUGGCUGCACGAAAGGCUUUACUUCAUAAAUGGGCUGCAUCUAAAGGAACAAGCAAAAGGAAAAAUGAGGAACUGGAAAGAGAUCAGUUUAUUUCAUAUACAUUAGAUGAAAGAGCUAAAAGAAUGAAAAAACUUUUAACACAAAAUAGUAAGAAAUGUGUUAAUGUAGCUAGUGAAAUUGAUAAUGACUUUGAAAAUGACAAAAAUGUAUGCAAAAGGCGCGAAGACAAAAACAGAAGUGAAAAAUAUGACAAAAAGUGCACUAGUGAAAAUAAAAAAUUAGGUAGAAAAGUCAAAGAAAACCAGAAAGAAGGAAAAAAAGAGAAACUUAUUAGUGUUUUAGGUAAUUUGAAGAGUGAAAAUUGUGAAAAAAAAGGCAGUUGUGUUGAAGAUAGAGUAACAGAGGCUCCUCUUGACAAAAAUUUAUCAAAGGGUAAUAAAAGUAGUAAGAGUAAAAUAAAUAAUUCUAAAUCCCAAAAAAACUGGACAAUGAAGUUAAGAUUAAAUAUAGAAGAAAUCAAUCAUUCAAGCUCAGAAAAAUCAAUUACAUCAAAAGAAAAAGAAUGUGUUAUGUUGUCUUCUAAUUCAGAGUCAGAAAAUGAGCAACAAGAGACGUUGAAAAAAGAUUUGAAACUUGCACCAUUAUUUGUUAAAACAUCCAAAAGGAAUGUGGAUAAGGCAGCUUUAAAAGCACGGAAGGAGUUUUUAAAUAGUGGUCUUCCACCGUCUUUACUUAAGAAGAAAACUUUAGAGAAUCAGAAACGUAAUUUGGAAGAAGAUUAUGUCAUGUUUCCAGUGAUAUCUCACGUUCGUCCAAAACAAACAGAAGGAGGAUUAAGAAACUGUUCCAUUAAUUUUUGGGAUUUACCUGAAAUUAAACUACCUUUCAUUGAAAAUAGUUGCGAUAAUGUUUUCAUUACAAAUUUGGAAGAAUUAGGAUCGAUAACAAAAUCGAAAUAUCCCCCAAGAGAAUUUUUCUCUAAAGUAUCAUUUGACAAAGUAACAAGGUUUAAAAAAAUAGUUAAAGACAUCAAGAACAGCAAUCCUGACUAUCCUGUAUAUAAGGCGUUCAAAAUUCUAAAACAAAAACGUUUAGGUUUGAUAAAAUCAGAAUUAGAAAGCGAAAUUUCAAAAAAAAGUAAAAAAAAAGGCAGAAAAAGAAAAAAGGAAGCCAGAAUGACUCACCAAAAUAUACCUGAUUCGUUAACAUGGGUUGAAAAAUACAAACCAUCAUCUUUUAAUGAUAUAUUUGGCAAUAUUUCAAGUGCAACUGAACUAAAGAAGUGGUUAAAUCAAUGGGUAGUCUUUAAAAAGGAAAUAAACGCACAGAAAAUAGGUCGAAAAAGGAGUGAUUCUACAAGCAGUUCGGAAUUUGACAUGGCCGACGGUAACAGUAUAGAUAAUACUUUACCAGGAAACGGCAUGAUAUUAGUGGGUCCCCAUGGUUCUGGGAAGACUGCUUCAUUAUAUGCAAUUUGUAACGAAUUAGACAUAAACGUCUUGGAAUUAAACGCUUCUAGUAAGCGAACGGGUAAACGUUUACUGCAAGAAAUCCAGGAGGCAACUCAGUCCCAUCAGGUCCGAAAGGCCCAAGAAAAGUCCAAUUCCAUAAGCUCUUUCUUCCAACCAGAUUACCCAUCAUCUUCUUCUGACGAAAGUAAUAAUUUCAAAUCAAAAAUGUGUCUUCUUCUUGUAGAAGACGUCGAUCUAGUCUUUGAACAGGACGAGGGCUUUCUGAGUGCUUUAUCUCAAAUUUUGCUCGUCAGUAAACGUCCCGUGGUAAUGACCACUGCUGACCCUACGUGCCUUCACCUUCAAAAAUUUACUGCACAGCAUCAAGCUAUUGUAUUUGCUCCUAUGUCUUCCAAGACCCUCGGGGUAUGGUUACAGAUGGUUUGCCUAGUCGAGGGAUAUUUUGUUAAAAAGGAGUCGCUGUGCAAUCUUCUGGAGUUUAAUAAUGGCGAUGCAAGAAAAACAUUGUUACAAUUAGAGUACUGGGUAACAAGUGGAGGAAACAUCGAUGGAAAAUACGAAACAACUAACGAGAAAUGUGAUGAAUUUUUAUCCAUUGACGAAGGUUCUAACGAUUCGUGUUUUAAAUUUGAAAAGGAAGAAGAGGACGCCGAGAGGGACGUAGAAACGCACGCAAAUUGUACUGAAUAUUUUGCUUCAAAAGUUGAAGGUAAUGAACUGUGGUGGAAUUUAUACGAAGCCCUGGGAAGCUCAAAGACUGAGAUGAAGUCUGCGUUGAGAUUUUUGGACUCUAUAUCGUUGUUAUCCAGCGGUUCCCUGGGUCGCGCCUGUAUCAGGAAUAGAAGGGAACUUACUUCGAGAUUUUGGGAAGAAAAUUUAAAGGACAGCUUGAGUCUGAACGACUGUCAGGACGAUUAUGAAAUGCAAAAGGAUUUUGUAUUAAAUUUUUCAGAAACUGUUUUGAAUAUGGGUCAAAAAAUGAACUUUGAAGAUGUAAAAAUUAAUUUGGCCGUUCCGUCUGUGGACAGAAUUAGAUCGAGAAUUAAAAAACAUGCGUCGGAUUCAGCUCUUGUACAGAUAGUACCCCUUUCUUCGCACAUGGAUAGAAAAUCUGUCGCAAUGGACUACCUCCCUACGCUUAGAAAUAUCGCGAAGACAGAGGCCUACAGGUUUACCACUAAUUCGAAACGUCGAAAUCGUUUUUAUCAUUAUUUGCGCGGUCUCGGAUUGGAUGUGAACGAUAUUUGUCUUAAAACCGCCUGUGAAACUUUUAAACAAUUAUAAAACAAACUAGUAAAAAAUUACCUUAUGUGAGUAGUCAAAAAAAAUUAAUUUAACUGUAUUGUACUAUUAUUAU